UAUAUAUACACACACACACACGCCUAACUUUGAACAUAGCCAUAAAUCCUCAGAUGGAAACACCUUGUUCUUAUGAGACUAGUUCCAGUUGUUUAUUUGGCUGAAUACAUUGCAAAGACGAUCCCAUGUGCACACCAGCAAGACUCGUUUUGGGAUUAACUACUUUGAGCAAAAAGAAAAAGUUGGGCGGAUGGGUGCAAUCUCCGCAAGCAACCCGACGCUCUUGUUGGGCCCGUACAUUUAAUACUAAAGCAAUGUCGAACAGAUUCAACAAUUGACCACUGUGAACAAUUUCCUGGUGAUGUGAUCCUGCAAUGGAAAAAGAAUUCCAGCCUUCUUAGCCCUCCUCUUUGUCCAGUCAGCGUGUCCAUGGAGCACAUAGCUGCAGGUUUUCCACACACAGGGAGAACAAGGAGGCUCUUCAGAACAGCUUUAAGUUAUCCUUAUAGAUGUUGACAUGAGUUUUUGUUUCUGCAGAUAUGCAGGUGUGACUUUGACAAAGCGCACGUUUAAGCCCGGAGAGGGAUCUAUGUCGAUGGGAGGAGAACGUAAAAGGGAUUUGGGAUGAAGCAUAGCUUUGCUAAAGUAAACGGAAAAAGGUGAGUUACCUGUGGGACACGCCCCCCUGCCCAGGUGAAACAAAAUAGCAUCUCUUGCACAGCUUUCACCAUUCACUCACAUCUUGUCGUGUGAGAUGUUGUAAAUGUCACAUGGCCAAGGAAUGAGGGUGACGAGGGUGAGUUAUUUUCUUUACUGUAGUAUUUUAUACACAUCCACAAAGUCAUUGCUGCACGUUUCAGUUGUGAUUCUUUUUUUUUGUGUUUUCUUGAUGUCCAGUCUCAAUAUGUACAAUGUACUUUAUUGACGCUUUGGAUUUUAUUCCCCUGCCAUGUGAAUAGCCCGCUGUUUGUAAAUCCAACAAGGAGAUGGCGAAUGAUGGAGGAGGUUCGUGGUCUGCUCCAGGACCCUCACCUGCUCCCUCCAGCACCGCCUGCCAUAGAAGUGCCCUCAUAAUCUGCCUCAUCUUCUUCCUCGCCGUUGGAGUUUUCGUUGGACUGCUGAUAGCAUAUCUGAUACAGGAGCAGCAUUACUUCAUGGAGACAGUUGAGCUGAAGGGUCUCAAGCAUGAGCCAUCGUUACAGGAUCCAAACUCAGGCUUCUCCUUAGUACUGACAUCUGUGCUAAUUUCAAAGAUCAAAAAUAUCUUUGCUUCCUCAUCAGUAUCGCAUCAUUAUGUUGACUGUAACAUAUUGCCUUCGGGUAACAUGAAUGGUAACGUGAUGGCAACAUUAAGACUGGUCUUCACGGUGUCCAAAUUCCAGCAGUAUUCCGAGAACUUCAUUCAGGACCUGCUGAGGGCAGGCCUCACCUCGGUGAUGCAGGGCAAUCCGCUGGAGGUCCCUGAGUUUGGAGACAUCAACGCUAUCGUCUUACUGGGUGCCAGUGGGAAAUCAUUUUACAGUAUUGGAGAUGAUACACUGGGUGAUGGUGACCUUCAGUGUGACAAUGGCGAGUGUAUCACCCUUGAACCAGAGUGUGACUUUGUAUCGGAUUGUGCAGAUGGGUCGAUGAAGCUCGACUGUGGCAUGCGAAGCGCCACGGGGAAUCGAUCGUAGGCGGCGAAGAUGCCCGACCAAGGAGAGUUGCCAUGGCAGGUCAGUCUCAGACUGAAGGGACAGCACACGUGCGGCGCCUCCAUCAUUAACCAAAAGUGGCUGGUCAGUGCGCGAACUGCUUCGAACGUAGAACCCCAAGAGUGGACAGCCCUAGUGGGAGCCAGUCUGGUGAGCGGGGAGGAGGUCAGAGUCAAACAAUGGAACAUCAAAACAGUGAAGGUGUCUCCGGACUACAACCACAUGACCACCGACAUGGACAUGGCCGUGCUGGAACUGGAGAGUCCUCUCACCUUCAGCCCUUACGUCCAACCUGCCUGCCUGCCAGCCCCGUCUCACGUCUUCGCUCCUGGUCAGAGAUGCGUGGUGUCAGGAUGGGGAUCUUUGCACCAGUAUAGUUGUGAGUCACGCAGCAGGGGUUCCCAGGCCUUGGUGAAAAUCAUCGACUCCAAGGUGUGCGAUAAACUGCCUGUGUAAGGCUCGAUCUCUUCCAACAUGAUGUGUGCUGGAUUCCCAGGCAAGGUGGAUUCCUGCCAGGGUGAUUCCGGGGGGCCUUUGGUGUGUGAGGGGGGCGCCGGGAGGUUUUUCCUGGCAGGGGUGGUGAGUUGGGGUACGAAGGCGUGUGCCCAAAUCUACAGGCCUGGGGUUUACUGGGUCACCAAGCUCCAGAGGUGGAUUCUUAGUCACGUGAACCCCAGCUUGGUUCAUUACUCCCCCAAGCAUGAGCUCACUCUGCCGGUCACUGCUCCAGCCGUGAGUGCUUCUAUUCAUAGGACAGUCGCCAUGGAUGUGGAAUACGCCCCAAUACUUCCUGUCUCACACUCGGCAGUGGAAGCUUCCAAUGCAGUCCCACUUCCCUGUAUCGACAAGUUAAAUCCAGAAUGCGACGGCAUCCCCGACUGCCCAAACCAGGCUGAUGAAAGAAAUUGCGACUGCGGUGAGCGUCCCGCAUUGGGCGGCAAUCGGAUUGUGGGCGGCGUCACGGCUCGCAAGAGGGGAGUGGCCUUGGAGAUCGGCAGCCUUCAGUACCAGAGACUCCACCAUUGCGGUGCUACUCUCGUUCACAGCAAAUGGUUACUGACUGCCGCGCAUUGUUUCAAAAGUGAUAGAAGCCCCGUCCACUGGGCAGUGAGCUUGGGCUCUGUGCUGCGCUCCGGUGUGGGAGCCGUGGUCAUCCCCAUCCAGAGGGUCAUCAUCCACCCUGAUUUUAAUGGCACCAGUAUGGACCAUGACGUGGCCCUGUUGGAGCUGGUCAUCCCGGCCCCCAUGUCACACACCAUUCAGUCCGUCUGUCUCCCUUCACCAGCGCACCGCUUCUUGCAAGACGCUGAGUGCUACAUCUCAGGAUGGGGAUCCAUCAGGGAAGGGGGUUCACCGACCAACCUGCUGCAAAAAGCACCGGUGAGCACCAUUGAGCAGGAAGACUGCCGGCAAUCGUACGGAGACAACCUGACUCCUCACAUGAUGUGUGCUGGUUACAUGGAGGGAGGCAGGGACACUUGUUUGGGAGACUCCGGGGGUCCUCUAACCUGUCGCGAUGGCUUCGGCCAAUGGUUUGUCGCCGGGGUAACUAGCUGGGGACACGGAUGUGGACGGGUAGGUUUUCCGGGGAUUUACACCCGCGUGACUUCUGUACGGAAUUGGAUAUCAUCAUACUUGCCUUUCUGAAGCGAGUGAGGCAAAAAUACAGCAGUGGACGUGAUGACUUUUUUGAUCAGGUCAGGUCGCUUUACUUGUUACAUCAAUCUCAGUCACAGCAGUAUUGACUUGCGUGGCCUUGCAUGUGGUCACGGGUGCUGUUUUUAUGCAAUCGUCUCAACUUCACUAACAUGUUCUGAAGAUACAAGGCCAAUCUUCAACUCUUGCUCACAGACAGUAGUAGGAAAGCAAACUAUCAUGUUGGAAGGUCUUUAUUUAAAUCCAACCCAAACUGAGACGCAGACUUGCUGACCACUUUGCUGCCCAUUGCAGCAAAUGUGAUCCUCAGUAAUUAAAAAAAAAAAAUGUUUUAAAUAGUUCUCGUACCCACUGCAGCUUAUAGCAGAGCCUGCCGAAACAAGCCGGCUACUGUGGGGAGGGAGGAGAUAGUGUGACAGCUGGAAAGCCAGACAAAACUGGGUUUUGUUCUCCGAGUUUGGAGACCUGCGAACGUCAGUGCUUCUUAAACUAAAAAUUGUAUGACUUGAAUGACUACAGCGUAUCUUUCAAAUGUUUAUGAUACUGUAGCCUAGCAGAAAAUUUAAUGAAACAAUCAUCCAAUAUGUCCAUUUUCUUGACCUACGGUGACCAGUCACAAUUUUCGAUUACAAAAUGAAUGUAAUUCAUAGAGCCUAUUUUCUUCCCACCCCGCCAAAAAAAAAAAUUGUUACAACGCCACACAAUAACUGGACUGGCAUUUGUAUGUGUUCUUAUAUGAUUCCUAUUUAUUUUGAGAAACCCAAAUGACUGUCCAUAGUAUGCACACGCCAACCUCAAUGCGGUUGUGCUGAAUAGUAUUUCAAGUCAAUCAUGGCUACUUAUCACACACACAUACCCUUUUCAGAAAUAUUGGGACACAUACAUGGUCCGGCGCAAAACUUCUUUUCAGCCACAAUACCAGUAUAUGAAAAACAUAACAUUAAAAAAAAA